CUCCCUCCCUCCCAGACUCCUUCUGUCUGAGGCUCUGUGCAUUUCUCACAGAGGAUCUGCAGAAUAAUGGACUCACAUCAUGCAGCAGGUCUCAGUGUUUUCAAAAGCGCUUUCAGCCCAGCAGACAUCAGGCUGGAGCUCAUUUAAACCGGGAAUCUGUAAUUUACUGUAAAGUUUUUUUUCUUUUUUUUUAUUCACAGCACAAGGACUUCUUUCAUAUAUUUUUCUGCGUCAUGUCUUUUUAUGUCGUCUGACUUUUUCCGUGUUUUGAUGUUUAUGUGAGGGGGAUUAACAGGCCCACCAUGGUUUUUCCAACAUAAAUCAACAGUUUCUUUCCUACGUUUUGGUGCAGGCUGCUUUCUGUUUACCUAUUACAGGGAAUGGGAGGAUCUCAUUAGUUUUUUUAAAGGCUCUAACUAGAUUUUCUGGAAGCGGGUAUGGGCCAGUUUUUUGCUCGACAAAUGGGUCUUUCGGAGGUAAAAGCAGAGGAACCCUGCUGCUUCAGAUGAAGUGAGUAGCUCAGGUUUUUCUUUGCAGGGCUUGCGACAUGGGCUGAGCUCCUGUGAUGACUCUUUUCUCCUGAAGGCUGUUGAAUUCUCAGAGGAUGGACGACGGAGACGGAUAAAACCAUAAUUUAACGGACAGACUAUAGUUAAAUCUCUUCACCUUUACACGCGGAAAGCGCGCGCGCACACCGGCACGGAAUAACACCGGAGCUUCUGAGCGCACCAGACUGGGACCGAGGCGUCAGCCAAAUUUCCAGUCACUAAAUUUGAGCUUUUCGCAGUGGAGUUUGGUUGUUGUGUGAUAUCAUUUAGCGUUUAAAGGCAAUCAAGCACGGAUUUUACAAGAAUAGUUCAUUUUAGACUAAUUAACUUAAAUGUAAUCUCUAAAGAAUUAGUGACGAUGCGGCUUUAUUUGUCUGGUGUUGAAAUAAGCAGGCGCGUGUAUGUUAUAAAAUUACCUUAGCAGAAUAAAUGUGAAGUCAGCAGAUGUGGGUUUCCUUUUCCACAUGAAGUGGUUUUGACUAAAAUACCCUGUUUGAAGUGGAUAUUGGAUUUUUUUGGUUUUGGGGCAUUGGUUUAACCCUCAGGUUAAAUUUUAAAUCACUUUACGCGCAUAUUUCUUGGUGCUUGACUUUGAGACUCAGCUUUAGUUGCAGUCCACCGCAGAGACCUUCCUUUUUUUCAGCUGGAUUUCUCUCCGUCUCCUCGCCGGACAAUGUGGCUCCCCCGCCUCGCGCUGCUGCUGCUGCUCCGGUUCUCCGGUGUGCUGCUGGUGGAGGGGCUCAACACGUGCCAGUCCAUCAACCUGGACGCACAGAAGUCCCGGCGCAUUGAGGCGGUCCGCGGACAGAUCCUCAGUAAGCUCCGGAUCCGUAGCCCGCCGGAAGAAGAAGAGGCCCCACCGCCUGCCCCGGUGCCCCCGGAGGUCAUGCUGCUGUACAACAGCACGCGGGAGCUGCUGAAGGAGCGCGCGCGCCUGACCGAGUCCGCGUGCGAGCGCGAGAGCAGCGAGGAGGACUAUUAUGCUAAAGAAGUGCAGAGGAUUGACAUGCUGCCCCCUCGCACCGACACAAAUGCAGUGCAGCCAGUAGCACCCAACCCCCACUACAGAGUGGUCCACUUUGACGUCAGUGGAGUCGACCUGACCAACAGCACCCUGGUCAAGGCUGAGUUCAGGAUCUUCAGAGCUCCCAACCCGCAGGCCCGGGCCUCGGAGCAGAGAGUGGAGAUCUAUCAGCUGCUGAAGCCAGAUGAAGAGAGCACCUCCACUCAGCGUUACAUUGACUCCCGCACCGUGCAGCCGAGGGCGAAGGGGUCCUGGAUCUCUGUGGAUGUCACGGAAACUGUUAAGGACUGGGUGUCAGAUCCAGAGAAUAAUCUCGGGCUGAAGCUGGGCGUCCACUGUCCCUGCUGCACCUUCGUCCCAUCCACCAACAACAUCGUUCCCAACAAGAGUGAGGAACUGGAGGCCCUGUUUGCAGGUGUGGAUGACGAGCAGCUUCGUCGGAUAAGAAAACCCGGUCAGGUUAAAGGCCAGGCGGAUUUCAGCACCAAGACGCCACACCUCAUCCUCACCCUGCUGCCCAGCGACAGAGUUGACAACCCGGCCAAGAAGAACCGCAAGAAGAGGGCAGCCGCCACGGACACCACAACCUGCUCCCGUGGCUCAGACCAGGGCUGCUGCCUGCGCUCGCUCUACAUCGACUUCAGGCGUGACCUCAACUGGAAGUGGAUCCAUGAGCCCAAAGGCUACAAAGCUAACUUCUGUGCUGGCAACUGUCCUUACAUCUGGAGUGCCAACAACCACUACAACAUGAUCCUGCCCCUGUACAACAAGCUGAACCCUGAAGCCUCCGCCUCACCCUGCUGCGUUCCUCAGGACCUGGAGCCCCUCACCAUCAUGUACUUCAUCGGCCGCACACCACGUGUUGAGCAACUCUCCAACAUGGUCGUCAAAUCCUGCAAGUGCCGCUGAGGGAAGCAAGUUCAGAGGAAGAGGUGAGGGGGGGGGAGGGGGGCACAGAGGAGGAGAAUGAUUAACAGGACUGAAACUUCAAACUGCUUCACUCAGGGUGAAAAUAAAGACGAGAGGACAGAUGGAUCCUUUGUUCAUGAAUCUUCACUGUUUGAUCACCUUUAGCAGACCUUUGAGAUGUUAUUUUUUUACCGUACCUGACCCAAAUAUCAAGACUUUACUGACAUUCCCUUACAGGCAUGAAAACUUUUCAUUUUUCUUCAUUCUCUGGAACUUUCCGUCUGAUAUAGGACACUGUAAAUAUGACAACAUAGCUGUAUUAAACCUGU